AUGCUAGGCUACCUCUACUUUGAGGAUGAGAAGAAUCACAUCCCAACCGUGUCGGCCGACUUGAUCAAAGGGUCGUUGGCUAUUGGGAUGAUCGUCGGGCAGCUGGGAUUCGGGCUUUUCGGCGAUGCCCUAGGCCGUCACCGAAUCUAUGGCAAAGAACUGCUGAUCACAAUCUUGGGCACGAUGCUGGUCAUCUUGAUGCCAUGGAAGGGCUUGUCACACGGUGGCACGAUUGCCUGGAUGGCGUGCUUUCGCGCGCUUACGGGCUUCGGCAUAGGUGGUGACUACCCCAUGACAUCGGCCUUGUCUGCCGAGGGCAAUUCAUUUGGUUCUCGAGCCAAGCUGGUCCUCCUCGUGUUUGCCAACAUCGGUCUCGGGGCCAUGUCCGCGGGCAUCACCUACGUCGUUCUACUGGCCGCCUUCAAAUCCUCGAUCGAGAAAGAUAUAUACCACCUCCAGUGGGUUUGGCGACUGCUCUUCGGGAUCGGACUCGUACCCCUGAUCUUUACCGUCUACUUUCGCAUGACCAUGCCGGAAAGCAAACCAUACCAAAAAUAUGUCGCGCAGGAAACCUCUCUGAAAGCCGACGGGAAACGUGGAGUGAAACAGCAGUUUCAGGAUUUCCGCGAGUAUUUUUCGCAAUGGAAGCAUGCCAAGGUCCUCUUUGCCGUCAGCAUGUCUUGGUUUCUCUAUGAUAUUGCGUACUAUGGUGUCAAUCUCAAUCAGAGUAUCAUUCUGUCGAAGAUCGGCUAUGGAACAGCAUCCACGCCAUGGGGGACGUUGUGGAACACGGCUGUGGGCAACGUCAUCGUCUCUUCUGCGGGAUAUCUUCCUGGGUUUUAUAUCGGCGUCUUCCUCCCCGACGUGGUCGGUCGAGUCAGGCUCCAGUUCUGGGCGAGUCUCGUUGUCGCCAUCCUGUAUGCCAUUUGGGCCGGGGUCAGCAAGCAGGCCGGCACGGGCGGGCUGAUCACGUUGUUCACCCUGUCGCAGCUGGUGUUGAACCUGGGCCCCAAUGUCACCACCUUUCUGCUUCCUGUCGAAGUGUUUCCCACCCGAGUCCGAGGUACCGCCCACGGCAUUGCCGCGGCAUCUGGCAAAGCCGGCGCGGUGGUGACGUCUUUCGCAUUUGGAUCGCUGACAGACGCAAUCGGUCUUCAAGGUGUACUUGGCUUUCUUGCGGGUGUCAUGGCCCUCGUCUCUCUCGUGACCUUGUUGAUUCCGGAGACCAAGGGCCGCUCUCUGGAUGAGAUUGAACGAGGAACCAUCUACAUCAGGGCAGGUCGCGAGGAUGAGGUUUCCCAAAGUAUCCCAUCCACCACAGGGGGUUCCACUCCCGUCUUGGACGCGAAGACUGGCACCAGUCAGGUCAGUGUGGGCGCGGUUCAUGACUAG